UUCAAGUUUUCCUCCUGAUCAGAAAAUAAACAAGAACUCAUCUUCAGGUUUGAUCGACCAAAUAAUCUCAAUCUCGAAGAUGAGUUCAUUCGCCCAGCCAUCGUUCCUUCUCUUCUCCUCCUUCCUCCUCCUCUCCUCCACCGCCACCGCAUUCAACAUCACCAACAUUCUCUCAAAGAACCCCGAGUUCAGCAACUUCAACCAGUACCUCAACGAGACCGGCCUCAACAGGGAGAUCAACAGGCGAUCCACCAUCACUGUCCUCGCCGUCAGCAAUGGCGCCGUCUCCUCCAUCUCGGACAAGUCCACGGACCUCAUCAAGAGCAUCCUCAGCAACCACAUAGUCCUUGACUACUAUGAUAUUCCCAAGCUCCAGAAGCUCAAGGGUAAGUCCGAAAUCUUGACCACAUUGUACCAAUCCAGCGGCGUCGCCAAUAACCGGCAAGGGUUCUUGAACGUGACCAACUUAGGCAACGGAAACAUCGUGUUCGGGUCCGCUGUGAAAGGCGCUCCUCUGGAUGCUAAGCUCGUCAAGUUGGUGGCGUCUCAGCCGUUCAACAUUUCCGUUAUUGAAGUCUCUAGUGUUAUAGUUGCACCCGGCAUUGACGGAAACUUCACCGCUCCGCCACCAAUGAUGACACCUGCUCCGGCACCGUCACCGUUGAGGGCCAAGGCACCGAGGAAGGCCAACGCCCCCAAGAAGGCACAGGCCCCAGAGGUUGAAUCCCCGGUUGACGAAGGAUCCGAUGAUACUACUCCUAGCGAGGCACCAGCACCCAGCCCGACACCCGACAGCGCUCCUCCCAAGUCAGACACACCUGCUGCGGAUGCACCAGCAACCGAAGACGCCACUGCUCCAGCUUCGCCGGCCUCACGCGCCGUCCUGAGUGCUGGUGGUGUCAUGGGAUUGGUGUUAGCAUUGACGGUUGUCUUUUUGAAAUUUUAGUUUUGAUUACACAUUAACUGACAGUAGGGGUCGGUUGCAAAAUUUUCUAAGACUUAGAAAAAUUGGGUGUAUUUUUUCCCAUCUAGAGGCGGGAAGGUCGUAGACUUGAAUAAGAAACAUGUUAAAAUUUUUGAGUCUCUUUUUUUACAAAAGAAAGCAUUUCAAGGGGUACUUGUGGAGCCCUAAGCUGUAUUGAAAACAAAAAGAAUAUAAAAAUUCUUCAGUAUUUACGACUUAAUUAAA